AAUCCAUAUCUUUUUCCGUUUCGAAGUGUCUUCAGAAAUUAUUAUAGUUUUAUUCUUUCUUUCGUACGGUUUCGAUUGAUUUGAUUUUAUUAUUUUGAAGGUGCGUUGAAGUUUUACAUUCUAGCGAAUCACCCAUUGUUUCUGCUGUGAUAUCAACAGAAAGAUUAAACUGUUAAAAUGCCAGAGAAUACAAUUGCCCAAAACCAGGAGCAGCAAGUGAAGAAAUUAAAAAGGUUCUUGGAAGGUUGGCGUAUGGCUGUUCUUCCACUAAAGUCCAUUAUGUUGUGGGAACAACAAUGGCAUCCUUGUGCCAUAGUUGGUUCUGUUUCUUUUGUAUACUUUCUCAUUUGGCUAAUGGACCUUAAUUCUCUUGCAACAUUUGCUGUAGUUGGCUUAUUCCUGAAUUUUGUGGACUUUAUAGUACCAGUGAUCUGUAAUUCACUUUACGGAGCAAAUUCUUGGACGGGACAACAUGAGAAAAUGUAUGAAGAUAUUUGCAAAAGCAUUGUAGCAAACUACAAUAAAGGCUUGCACAAUAUUCAACAAUUUUAUUCAUUGAGAGAAAGCAGCCCUUGCAUGUACUACAUACUGUCUAUCAGCUUGCUGGUGACAUUUGCAUGGGUGGCAUCUUCCAUAAACAACAUUUUCCUGUUAUACAUACUGUCUACUGCAUUUUUGCUGUGGCCAGGCGUCCGGAACAAAGGAAUCUUUAAUAUGCUCUUAUCCAUGGUCAACAUGGCACCAAAAUCAAUUAAAUCUGAAUAAAAUUUGGCAUUAUUAUUAGUUUUGCUGUAUGAAGUGUGUGCCUUUACCCAAGUAGAAUAGUAGCAGCAGGAGUGAUAUGACAAGCACAAUUGUUUUCCAAGUAAAGAAAAAAAUAUGAAUUACACAAUUUUAAAAGAAUUAUCUAUGAGAUAAAUUUUGUACACAAGCAGAUUGCACAUAUUUCUGCAAAUGAGUGCACCAAGAAUAUAUAAUUCUAUUUGUACAAAUAUGUAAUGUGCUUUAAGAUUUUAAAGAUUGAAGCUGUGGUUGCUCAUAUCUCUGGUGCUACUCUUUUACGAGGGUGAUGCACUCUUAUUGAGUAGCUUUUAAUGUUUAAUGUGAUUGGUCUGGUCAUAAGUUUUAAGUUAAGCUUAGCUUAUAGUGAGCUUUAAAUUACUGUGUAUGUGUGAUAUUAUACUUUAUGAAAAUAAACAGCCAAAGCCUG